AUGACUCUCGGAAAAUCUCUUUACAGAAUUACUUGCUAUUAUUCUCAAUUUUAUUUUGUUGCCAUUGCAUCGAUUCUUGGUACAGGCAUUCUUGGUCUUCCGGUGACAUUAUCUGAAAGCGGUUUUCAACCAUUUGUUAUCUCGUUUUUAAUUUGCUACUGUGUUCAAGUAUUGUCAAUAUUCUUUUUCACAGAAGUUUUACAAAAAGCUUAUUAUCGGAAUGUUGAAAAAUUACAAACUAGUGACAAAGAUAAUGCACCUAUCCAUGUUGAAAAUGGUGAUUUACCAACUUACGGAUCAGAUUAUGAUUUGGCUGGAAAACAGGCGGGAUUUUGUAAUGUACUAAGAUAUUAUCGUCGUAAGACGAUGACAAAUCAACGUCAUAUAUUUAAUUUAUUUAUUUUUCAUCAUUUAAUUACAUGUAUAAUUCGUUGUAUAAUUACAUUUACAAUUUGUUUUGGUGUAGCAAUCAAUGAUAAAUGUCUUUCACUUGAGUUUCUUGUUCAUUUUCUUUUAUUAUUAUCAACAUUUGAUUUAUUUUUAAUUAUCAUCGGCGAAACAGUACAUUUUUGGGACUCAACAAUAAAUUAUAAAAGUACAUUAUAUUCAAAAUAUUGUUUAAUGUUUGGACUGUUUUUUCUUUAUUUUCUCGCAAGUCUCUUUCUUUCAAUUCAUAUAACAAUUGGUGGGGAUAAUCCACUCAUUAUAAAUAUAUGUAAAUCAAUUAAACUAAAAUUUUUUCCUAAUGCCAAUGAAAAAUCAUUAAUACCAACAAUAAUUAUUUAUGUGCUAUUUAUAUUACUCGAUUUAUUAACAUUGACAUGGAUAUAUACAUCAUAUAAAGAUAUAUCUAAAUUAAAGCAUAAACGUUUAGCAACAGUCUUUUUCUAUUCGCUUGUAUUUUCAAAACAAAAGGAACAUGAACGUUCAAAUAUGGUUAAUCAAAGUUUAAAACGUAUUUCAUCUAUUUGUUUAUUUGUUAUAAGUAAUAUAAUUGUUAUAUUACCUAUAUUAACAAUAAAAACAUGGAAUAUAACAUUAAAUAUUUAUUUUCGAAUACUUUUUAUCUAUUUAACAAUGUUACCAUGGUGUGAAUCGAUCACAUUUUUUUUUUUCAAAGAAAUGAGAUUUCACUUUAUAAAAAUACCAUCGCAAUUAAAAGGAAAUUGUUCUCUUCAACAACGUGUUGGUGCGCGGUUGAGUUCAUAUCGAGAAAAUUUCGCUCGAAUUCCAAUAAAUCAAUCAAAAUAA